CGUUAAGAAAAUAUCUUAAGGAUCAGUUCAUACAGGAAUAUCGACUGCUGCAGGAAAAAUGGAAUUUUUGACGCGUGUCAUAUUAUUUAUCUCAUGUAUCACUGCGUCUAUAGCAAAUGAUCUAGCCAGGGGCUGGAAUGAUGAUGUUGCAUGGGUUACCCUUGAUGAUGGAAUUAAGGCAGCCAAGGAACAGAACAAACCAAUGAUGCUUGUUAUACAUAAGACAUGGUGUGGAGCAUGUAAAGCAUUAAAACCACAGUUUGAUAGUUCUAAAGAGAUUGCAGAAUUGAGUAAACCUUUUGUCAUGGUUAAUGUAUUGGAUGAUGAAGAACCUGAGGGAGAGAAAUAUUCCCCUGAUGGUGGAUAUAUACCUAGAGUUCUCUUCUAUGAUCCAGAUGGAAAUAUUUUAGACCAGUAUAAAAAUGAAAAAGGUCAUCCAGAUUACAAGUAUUAUCAUUUUAGUCCCACAUCUAUUGCUGAAACAAUGAAAAAAGUUAUUACGGAAAGGAACCUAGAGAAACCAACAGGAAACGACGAGUUGUGAUUAUCUCCCUUGUAUUGUAACCCUAUGCAUGAGCUGACAAGUGAUGUGAAGUGCAAAACGUAGACUUUUUUUUUUUAAAUAUGAAUAAAUAUAAAUUACCACAA